AUGGAAAGACAAAAACGGUUUCGUUUCGCAGCAAGAAUUUUCAUCAUCGUAUGGAUAAUUUUUGUGUCCGAAUUCAAGGAAGUUCCUGCUGAAAAGUGUGACAAGAUCGACGAUUGUUCAUGUAGAAAAAGCAAUGGGAAAGUUAUAAGUUUAAGAAAAGUUGAUGGGGGUAAAGGAGGUCCUGCGUAAGUAACGUUUUGUUUCUCAGUAUUAAUUGUAGUUGUUGAAGUGUCAAUAGAUAUUUUAUAGUUUCGCCGGCUUUAUUUAAGAAUUUUUGUAUGUUCUCUAAAAUUAAUGCUAUCAACGCGAUGUUACUUAUCUCUGAAGUGUUAUAAUCCUAUGCCCAUAGUUGUGUGGCAGCAACUCUCAGAAAAAAAACCAAUACUGUACUCUUAUAGAUUAUUAGAUAAUUAUUCUUGUUAAAGAAGAACGAAUAUCACGACUUUAGCUGUUUAUAAUAAAAAGUAGUUUAUUACAUUGCUACACAUUGGUUUUACUUGUUUUCACUCUAACUACUUUUUUGAUAAUAAAGUCGAGUCGAGGCACAUCAAGUUUCAAGCGUCUCGUGAGUCCCUCAAAUACACUGUGUUCGCAUCAGUUUCUAUCCAGUGUGGUCAAAAGUUCAUUACGGGGAUUAUUUUGAGAGCUGACAAUGAUGGCCUUAUAAAUUCCAUCACAAAAAUUAUUGACUUGCUCCUUGGAUUUUUAAGCUUUUUUAAGAUAGAAGCAAAGCAAGUUCCAUGACUCUUAUUCAGCAAGAAGUACAAUAUUUGAAUUUCUUUCUUUAUAAAUUAGACCUCAAAACUUUUAAAUUUUAACUAAAGUCAUGAUAGUUUCAACUGUCGUGACCGUUUUGACUCCAGUUCCAUUAAAUAAAUCACGCACUUUAAAUGUUUUAGUCAUGAUAGUGGAUAACGUAUUAAUACGGACUUAAUUAAGGGAGGCUAACAUGGAAUAGUAAAGAUACUCUAAUUUGUUUUGGUAGUGAUUCUUGAAACGACUCGUAUCACAUAAGAGUAAGAUGUAUACCUUUUUAGCCAGGGUUUCCGCAAUCUACAGAAUCUACAGUCGUACGCCUCUACUACGGACAUCGAAGCGACGGAGCGAAGCGUUUUUAUUAGAGAGGUGUACGUAUAAAAGACGUCACUGCGAUGACGGCACUUUUAUGACUUCAUUUACGGUUUUAAGGGUUUCAGUAGCUAAACCCAGGCUCAAAUUUGUUAGAAAAAUAUCAUUAACAGCACCAGCCCAUCUCCUCAUAAUAUACUAUACAGCGAUUUUGCCGCCGAAGCCGAGGUAUUCCUUUACUAAUGGUAGGGAUUGUCAAGUUAGAGUCCAGACAGUAAACAACUACAAAGUUCAAGUUUGUAGCCAUUUUGGCCCUCCAUUACAUUAAUAUGAUAAAAUUCUUGCCAAAUUUGGUCAACAGUAGCUGGUGGUGAUGAAUUAUACGUAUGGUUUUAACCAAUCAGAAACGGGGAAAUAUUUUGAAUGGAUAAUAACACUGACUGAUAAAAGGUAACAACUCAGACAACAACACUCUGGCGACCCUGGGUAAGGGAUAAAACUAUGGAUAUAAUCCCGUUUUACCGCUCCCAAAUUUGCCUAAUUAAGUCAAAUAUUUUAGCCUGUCAAUUUCGUAUGGAGCGGAACUGAUGUGCCAAAGAAAUUAAGAAUUUUUAAAAUUUCUAAAAAAAAAAUCAUUUCAUCAAAAACGUCUCUCGAAUACGUUCUUGUAGUAAUGCGAUCUUUUAGUUAACUUUAAAUAUGUAAGGUAAUCUAUUUUCCAUAGGAUAUAUUAACCAGUAUUUCUUUCUUCCUUCAGUUUUAAAAAUAUAUCAGUGGGUGACUGGGAUCAAAAAUUUAAACCAAGUUUCGACUGGAAUCCUUGCACGGCAUUUAGCAUUAAAGGCAGCGGCUGCAACGAUGCAUUGGUAAGAACGAUUUUAUCACUCUUGGCAUCUCCUGGUUGCAAUUGUUCGAACGGGUCGAUGACGCAAUAGGGCCUUUUAAAACGAGUAACGUCAUAAAACUUAAAUUUGUGAAAUCAUGGGAAUGACCGGGAUAUUCUGAAAAUUGAACUGAGUUAAAUGUAUGAAGCUUAAGUCUCCAGUCAAAGCAGAUGUUGAAACAUUUUAGUCUUUUUAUAUAAAACGACGCCAGUCAUAAUCCUGCUGUUUUAUCCUAGACAAAAAACAUAAACAUUAAUAACAAAACUGCAAGGAGAAAAGCGACUUGAGGUUUCGCGAUAUUUCGGACGGACAAGCAGUCCUUCUUCAGAGGAUUUAAUGAACAUUCCGACAAAUCCCAUAAUUUCACUAGUUUAGUUUUUAUGACGUCAUCACUUAGAACUCUAUAGGCCAGGGCCAGCUUCCUCUAAAGAUGGUUAACUUUAACCCAGGAUUAAGCCAACUUUUAAGCAAGGUUUUCUUGUCCUAACCUAUUCAGCUGUUCAGAUUGUGCGGUCGGUGCAAACAAGAAGUGAUUAUUUUUUCCCGCUCUCUCACCUCGCACCGCACUCCACUAACUGAACGCCUGGAAAAGGCUAGUUUUGUCUGCGGUUUCUCUUAAAGACCUGUCUGCGCGAGGAUUGAAAGUACCACGUUGGUCUGAGAGGGUUCUAAAACUGAGAUAGUUGUUCUUUUCAAAGUAAACACCAGUCUAGUAGCUUUUUUUCUUAGAGGUUAGGUUUUCAGACCCGCAGCAGUACUCACCAUGAUAUAUAUGAUAUAUGAUAACUACAUGUAACACCAACUUCCCCAGUCCCCUCCCCAACACCAACCUCCCUGGGCUAGAAAAGCACUACUGUGUACCUGGUCAGGGAAAUGGCUCCGCAAUGAGGAAAAAGGGGGAAAAAGAUCAGUAAAGGAUAAAAAACAGCUCGACUCGCUUGACAGUCGCCCAUUUUUGCGGAGCCUGGUCCCAAGCUACUGUGUUCCAAUAGACCUUAUUCACGAUACCCGCCAUUUUUGCAGGCGCCAGUUUAAGGACUGAUGGUUUCUCAGGGGACCAAACAAGUAAUAAAAUCUGCCAAUACAAGAAAUCUCGGUCGAGUUUGUUUAUUCUAGACAGAAGGAAAUGAAGAACUUUUUAUCUUGAAGACGCUAACGGCAAGUUGUUCAUUGUAACUUAAUUUGGAAGCGAUAGCGACCGUAGAUGUCCGUUCAGCAUGCAAUGAUGACGUAAAACUUGUUUAAACUCAAACUGUACAUUUUAAAUGACUAUUACAUCGUCGUUUCGUUUUGAUAGAAUAGACAAAUUCCACCGCGAUUACUCGUAAUGGCAAAUUCUAUUCAUUGUUCGUCCCCUGAGAAAUCACGUGACAUUGCAAAUAUCCCAUCGAUCCUAGGGUGCAUGCAAAGUUGGCAGGUAUCAUAAGGUCUAUUAAAAUGAAAUACAUUUACUCCAAGAUGUGUGAAAACCCGAACAGAGAAACCAAUAAUGGCCAAGUAUUGGCCCAGUCUGCCGCUGCAUUCACAGUAAACAAAGACGGAUCUACCACUAUAUCUUACCGUUCAUAUGCGACAAGGUAAAUCAUCCCUUUUUAUCUAAAUAACCUGAGGUCAAUAAAGUGUAACUUAAAACAGACCAAUUUCCAUAUAUAAAAAUUCAUGCUUAGCUCCAAAGGCUUGAGGGAGUAAAACAAAAGAAAUGUAUUAUUUAUUGCUGAGCCUCAAGAUGAUUUCUUUUGAUUUUUUCUUGUGCUUAUUUUAACUAAACAUAACGUUAACAAUGAAUGGACAUAUGCUUUAAAGUUAUAUACUUGGUAUCAAAAAUAUGAAAUAGCAGUUGCUAUAGCAUCUAAAUGGGCUACGGUGAUGAAUAAAGGUUUCUCUCUCUCUCUCUCUCUAAUGACCGACUUGUUUACUUUUGUUUAUUCAAUUUUAUUUUGUACAAUGAUACUAUUUUUCCUAUGUUUUAGGGAGGUGCAUAUAAAACUUAAAUGCGAUGACACAAAGUACCCUGGUGAUACCGGAGACGGUGUUUUGGUUCUUCGGCAGCCCAAACCAGAUUCAUAUCAUUAUGUGCGUUUUCUUGUGUUUAUAAUCAUCUAAUCGCUUAAUAGACCAAUAUCGAUAAAAUAAAAAAUUCAUACUUGGCUCCAAAGCUCAGGGGAAUAGAACAAAGAUAAAUGUAUUAAUCAUUGUUGAGCCGCAAGAUAUUUUAUUUUGCUUUAUUCUCCCUCUCGAAGCCAGGCAUGAAUUUUAAUAUAUCGAAGUUGGUCAAUUAGCCCUCGGCCAUUCGUACUCUCACCGUAGUGUCAAGUGCUUGGUAAGAACACUGCCCCCAACCCCCCCCCCCCCCCUUGCGUUUUUGAUACGAUGCGAUAUUUUGAAAAAUUUCUAUCAUUACGGAUAAACUAGAUGGCCUGUUAGAGUGGUGUAGGAGCUGCUCGAAAGAUCUCUUCUCAUUGGUCGCAGGAAACAAUGACAUGUCAUUCUUCCAAUUGUUUUAGUAUUGUUUGGGGUCAGGGAAACGCACCAUUGGUGACUUCUCUUCCGAGCAGCUGCUACAUGACCCGCCUGUUAUGUGGUCUAGAAUAUGAUGAUGUUAGCAUUAUGGGAUAGAUAUGCGAAAAGGCGCUGCUGGAGGCCAGUGACGUCAUCCAAAAUAAGCUUUUUUAGAUUUGACCCUCUUGACACAAUGUAUUUUUGGCUUUUUGGCUUCCCAAGUGGGGUGGCAUCCACCCCGUUUCACCCCUCCCUUUAGUACGUAAGGGUGAAACCCACUGUACAACAACCACCCAUUCGACACGUCUUCUUCGCGAUCACGAAGAAAUGACCUCUUCCCUGCUCUUAAUAAUAACUGUCUCAGAUUAUUCUUAGUUAAUAGGGAGGGAAUGAAAAUGUCCAUUGGGCAAAAUAAGAAAAAAACGGAAUUUUUAUUAACUAAACUUUUUAUAUCAGGAAUGCUACAAGUCUUGAAUUUAUUUUUGAUUUUUAAUGGUUUUUCUGGUUUUCGCAGGUAAUGACGUUUACCUCUAAGUGCGCAUGUGAUGAUGGCUGUGUUACUCCUCCAUCCACGGUUGAUCCAACGAACCCCGCUGAUCCAACCGUGAAGCCCAAACAUAAAAGACUUAGCAAAGGCAGUAUUAUAUUGAUAACGUAUGUAAUGAAAUCUUAAAAUGCAUCUGUAUAUGUCGUACAGUGUAUAUGUUGCUGCGUGGAUAGUGCACAAGUUAAUUUAAUAGCUCAAUUUUAGCAACUUUUUGAUGAGGCUAAGUAUGAUAAGGAAAACUAUUUUUUAUUUAAAACAUUUAAAAAGUUUCGAUAUAUAAACCUUUUAAUUCAUAAGGAGUUAAUAAGCUUCGAAAAACAUCUUCUAUAAUAUAAUGAGUCACGUGCCAUUUUUGUUCGUUUACGGUCUUUUUUUUAAUUCGAAGACACGAAGUGUUACUCGUGAAUUUGACAUCACGAUACCAUCGUGUAGCAUCCAUUUUUUCAAACCGUACUAUUCACCAAGCAAGAAUGGUUUCCUUUCAAUACCCCACAAAGCCGCUAUUUGUAUGUGCAAGGCAGUAAUCCUUACUGACCCAUAUUUUCUAAAUGAACAGAGAACAAAAAUGCUCUGUCGACCGGAGGUAAAAUGUUUUUCUUUAGCACGGCGCCAAAGAUCAAAGGUCAGAAGGCUCUUAAAGGGGCUAAAUGACAUUAUUGGUCAUCCUAUUAAAAAGCAAAAACUUGUUUUUGCAUCAAUUAAAUUCCAAACAGAAUGGUCCAUGUUUUUAUUUAAGAGUAUAUUUUUGCAUUCAAACUCCUCUCUUUCGUCAGUUGUAAGGGAUGACAAGGGUGGAAAUGAAUUGAAAAUUUACGAAGUUAGCCCAGCUUUCUCAAGUCUUAAUGCUAUUCCUGCAAAUAUCAUCGAAAUAAUAAUGGUUCGUGCUCCCUGAUGAAAUUUGUUUAGAAUCUAUUUCAUAACUCUACAGUAACAUUUUUUUAACGUAAAAGCACUAAUGAAUGACUUGAGCACAGAGUUAACCUCAAACAGUAAUAUCCUCGUGACAUACUCCCUUUCAGGCUAGUUGUAAUCAUUCGACCUUUGUUUACACUUGAUCAUUUAUCUAAAUAUUUAUAUGUUAAUAAUAUUUACGUUAUGUUCUCAUCUGCUUUCAGAUUUUUUGUUUUGGUUUUCGUUUACCUUAUUUGUGGAAUUCUCAUUAAGAAGUUUAAAAUGGGAGCAGAAGGCUUAACAGAGAUGGUACCAAAUUAUGAGUUUUGGGCGGAUAUUCCAUCUUUAAUUAAGGUGAGAAGUGAAGUGAAGUCUAGGAAAUUUCUUAAAGUUCCACGUCUAAAAGAAGUAUCCGAUAUGGUGAAGACAAAGCCUUAAGGUGACUCGACCCAGUUUUUGGGGGGGUACCAUCCUACUUUGAAGCUCUCUGGUAUCCCCACCUUUACUUUUAUCGUAAGUAUAACACAUAGAAUGGAUAACUUAUAGAUCAAUCUGCAAUAUGACAAAAUUUUUGGCGAUCGGAGUAAAUGUCACGUGGUUAUAAUGCCACGCCCCUUUGAGGUCUGAGUCCAAAAUCGGCUGUUGCCGGUAUUUUAUUGUGAAAAUCUCUCGGCUACACAUAGUGCGCAUUAGUGCCUUGCGCUGAACAGAGUUUCACCAAAAUCGCAAAGACCCAAUUCGAGAAAUUCAGCGAUUUCCAAAUUUAGGUCAUAAUUUAUGCGAAAAUGAUAAGCAAACUUUACACGGAUUAUAUCUAAUAAACCAAGAGAUUCAUCCCUUUAUUUUGGGCAUCGUUAUAACAGAUGGGUCCUUGCAAGUCAGCAAAACGCUUUAGGGCCUUGUAAAUGCGCGCGAUUUCGAGCAAAGCAAACAUAUAGAAAUAAUAGUUUUCGCUAUUUGUUGACGUUUGUCAGCGUUUGAGAGUCCUUCUCACGAAAAAAGCAUUUUCUUAAAAAUUCGUAGCUUUUUGUCCUUCAAAUUUUUUCACGGCCACGAUUGAUUAACAAACUACCCGGACUCUGAAUUUCAUGGUCGUUGAAAAACGGUGACAUUAUCUUCUAUAAGCUCAAACUUGAGUAAACAUUGAAGAUUUUUAGCGUUUUGGCUGAGCUUGUGCUUUGGGAGUUGUCUAUUGUUUCUAGUCUGUCAUUAUACAGCAUUGUUGUUCAGCACGCGUGCAAUGACCGCGCUUGGCUGACUUCCGAAUGCUCACAGAUUUUGGACUCAGACCUCAAAGGGGCGUGGCAUUAUAACAACGUGACAUUUACUCCGAUCGCCAAAAAUUUUAUGUUAUAUUGUAGGUUGAUCUAUAUGUUAUCCAUUCUAUGUGUUAUACUUACGAUAAAAGUAAAGGUGGGGAUACCAGAGAGCUUCAAAGUAGGAUGGUACCCCCCCAAAAAAACUGGGUCGAGUCACCUUAAGGCUGGUCAUGACUAACGACGGAGUCUAGUCUAAACUCUGUUGAUUACGAUCUAUCUAGUGAAAACGAGGUUGUCGGAGUAGCAAGGAGAAGCGGAACAACUAAACCAAUCACAAAGCGUGGAACUAGCCCAGUGAUUGGUUGAUCCUUUCGCUUCUGCUUCCGACAAUCUGGUUUUCAAUAGUUCGUAAACGACGGAGUCGUAAAUUGAAACGUUCUGAUUCUUCCGACUCCGUCGCGCUCUGAUUUUUUUAUUAUCACAAGGUCAUAAGUGCCACACCGCUUACGAUUCCAACUCCGAUUCCUUUGCUAGUGACAACCAGCCUAGCAGGUAGCUCCUACGCAGCCGGGAAACGGUUUUUGUUCAAAUCGGCAUAUUACCGGUGAUUUUGAAAGGAGCGUGACUGCACCACACCAUAGUUAAUAAAGUUGAAUGUCAUGAAGCCCGACAGACUCCUUUGUUAUAUGUUUUUGUCAGCUAUUUUAGACUUGCCCGAUAGCAUUCUUAUCAUUUUGAACUUACUGACCAAUAGAAACAUCGCAUUAAUUUAUUCAGUCACAUUUUGGGAACAAAAAAAAAACCAAAGGAUUGUGCACGGUCAGGGAGCCUCCAAUAUAAACUGCAGCACCAUUGUUUUCAUCUUUGACGUUUGCCGGCUUUCAUAACCAGUCUCCUCUACUAACUAUGGCCACACCGGUCUUCGAAAUGGAUUGCCACAUAUUGGACAGGUCUCCUUGCCACUAUAUGCGACAGUCAUACCACACCGGAGUAUUUUCGACAUUAAGGAGCUUAAGCAAUGACGACGGCGACGGCAACGAGAACGGCAACAGAUUAGCAAAACAACAACUUGGCACGUCCAUCACGCUUUUGUUUCAUAUCUUAGCCAUCGUUGCACGACUUACAACGUGAGAGUGUCUAAUUUCACGUUUUGUCGAGGACGGGAACUCAAGACAACAACUUCCUUUUUCUUUUCUUAAACUUUGAUACAGUUCUUUAGGAUUUAACUCCAACCGACUCGUUUUAAAAAUAUAUAUAUUAAGGGCUUGUUUACAUGGAGGUGGGGGACCCCAGAUAAAUGAGGUAACAUAUGUGGCGGGUCACUCCACAUAUCAUGUAAACGUGAUCAUGAGAGAUUAUAUGGACAGGUGGGUUACCUCACCUACCUGGGGUUCCCUACCGCCAUGUAAACAGACCCUAAAAGGAGGCAGUCUGGUCUUUUAUCAAACGUUUUCUUUUGUUGCAAUUAAUUUGCAAAGCUGCUUGCGAUGUGGGUGAAAUCGUACUAUUAUCACCCUUUCACUCCCGCUUAUUAUACGAGAGGUGGUGAAAGGGGAUAUAAAUGUUCAGAAGGCAAUAAAUGUGGAGGUUACCCCUACCCUGGCAACUGCCUUAGUUGCAACUGGUAAAUAUCUUUUUGUAGAUUAAUGUGGGAGAAAAGCAGGCGCACACACAGUUCUCAUUUUUAACACUGUUUUUCAAGUUUUCUGCAUGCUGUGAGAAUGAAAUAUUUAAAACGUUAGGUAAAAAAACGAUUUAGUGCAAAAAUCUUCAGGCUAUAACAGCAUCCUUAUACCACAAUCAGGUGCAUAUUUAAUUAGAUCAUAAUCGUCACGUGGGCAGUAGGUACAAUUAUUUUUCUUAUUUUCCUUUUCAGGAUGGAGUUGUAUUUACGUGUGGUGGCCUCAAGUUUGGCUGUAUGUCUAUUUACAACAAAUGUUGUAAUCGAAAGUAUUAUAGUCAAAUUUAAAACAAGAAUGGUUAGGAUUAUACAAUGAAUUUCCAGAAAUGAAAAGGUUUGAGAUAUCACGACGGCGAUUGAUAGUCAAUUUGUUUUUCCCCAACUUCAUGCGAUAAUUAUUUCCAACACUUUCAAUUUGUUCACGAGUUCUUCAGGAAUUGAAUUCUCGUGGACUACACUGUACAUGUCAUCGAGUGUUACUUUUGUGCAGUGACAACAGCCACCUAGUUUUUAGGAUCUCAAUCAAUUUGUCUCCCUUGUCAUCGAGUGGAGACCCUGUUCGAGCCUGAUCAAGUGACCACCCCAAUUCCAGGUCUUAAAAAAACUGUUUGAAGGGUGGGGUAGAAAAGUGUCUUCUUUGCCAGUGUUACAAAUCUACUAUGCGAAGGUGGGAGGGCUAUUUAUUGUUGUCACUUGCCACAGGGUGUCAGAGCUAAUCAGGAAACUUUAGCAACGAUGAUGGCGACCACAGCGAAAACAUCUUUAUGAAAAUGAACUCGUAUUUUUUCAAAAUCGUUGCGUUUAUUCUAACUCGUUUAAUAUGUCAAAUACAGGUGCAUUUUCUUGGCCCCAGUUGUUCAAACGACAAUGCAAUUGACUUCAAAAUACUUACCCAC